GUAUUUAAAGCCGCAGGCAGUCCAGAGAAAACUCACCAGACACCUGAAGAACUUCAGAGUUAAGAUUGCUUGAAAGAAAAGAAGUUAAAAUUCAGAUUAAUGAACUGACCGGACUACUGAUCAACAAGAGAGGAAGUGAACAUCACUUUAAUGGUUCUUGGCAGUACGCUUAUCAGAGAAGACAUGGCCCCCCAGCUCCAGUCUCAGCCUGUGCACACUCUGAAAGUGGUGAAUGGCGAUCUGAAUGAGUUGAGUCCUGCGGUGAGAGACUUUGUGGAAGAGAGUGUGAAGCUGUGUCAGCCAGACAGCAUCCACAUCUGCGAUGGAAGCGAGGAAGAGAACAGGCAGCUUCUGUCCCUGAUGGAGGAGCAGGGAAUGAUCAAACGCCUGCACAAGUACCAGAACUGCUGGCUGGCUCGCACAGAUCCCAAGGACGUUGCUCGUGUGGAGAGUAAAACGGUGAUUGUGACCCCCGAGCAGAGGCAAACCGUUCCCAUAGCAAAGAACGGAGUGAGCCAGCUCGGGCGAUGGCUGUCAGAGAAGGAGUUUGAGAAGGCCUUCAAUGCACGAUUCCCAGAGUGUAUGAAAGGGCGUACAAUGUACCUGAUCCCAUUCAGCAUGGGACCCGUGGGGUCACCUCUGUCCAAGAUUGGCGUCCAGCUCACAGACUCGCCGUACGUUGUGGUCAGCAUGAGGAUUAUGACUCGUAUGGGAUCGGCUGUGCUGGAGUCCCUGGGCAGUGGCCAGUUUGUGAAGUGUCUCCAUUCAGUGGGGUGUCCUCUACCACUGAAGAAGCCUCUGGUCAAUAACUGGCCCUGUAAUCCUGAGCUGACCCUGGUUGCCCACAUCCCUCAGCGCAAGGAAAUCAUCUCAUUUGGAAGUGGCUAUGGUGGGAACUCCCUGCUGGGGAAGAAGUGCUUUGCUCUGCGCAUUGCCUCGAGGAUUGCCAGGGAUGAGGGCUGGCUGGCUGAGCACAUGCUGAUUUUGGGAGUAACCAACCCCAAAGGUCAGAAGAAGUACAUUGCUGCAGCUUUCCCCAGUGCUUGUGGCAAGACCAACAUGGCCAUGAUGAGCCCAACAUUGCCUGGCUGGAAAGUGGAGUGUGUGGGAGAUGACAUUGCUUGGAUGAAAUUUGAUGAGCAAGGAAACCUAAGGGCAAUCAACCCAGAAAAUGGCUUCUUUGGUGUCGCCCCUGGGACUUCGAUGGAUACAAACCCAAACGCCAUGAAGACCAUUUGUAAGAACACCAUCUUCACCAAUGUGGCAGAGACCAGUGAUGGUGGUGUUUACUGGGAAGGCAUCAAUGAAACUCUGCCCCCCAAUAUCACAGUGACAUCGUGGAAGAACAAAAGGUGGACCGAGCAAGACGGAGAACCGUGUUCACACCCCAACUCCAGGUUCUGUGCUCCCGCCAGGCAGUGUCCGAUCAUAGAUCCGAACUGGGAGUCUCCUGAAGGCGUUCCUAUUGAAGCAAUAAUAUUUGGAAGUCGAAGGCCAAAAGGGGUCCCUCUGGUGUAUGAAGCGUUCAACUGGCAGCACGGGGUGUUCAUUGGAGCAGCCAUGAGAUCCGAGGCUACAGCUGCAGCCGAGCACAAAGGUAAAGUCAUCAUGCACGAUCCGUUUGCCAUGAGGCCUUUCUUCGGGUAUAACUUUGGCAAGUACCUGUCCCACUGGCUCAGCAUGGAGCACAGGCCCUGCUCAAGGCUUCCCAAGAUCUUCCACAUCAACUGGUUCCGCAAGGACGAGCACAACAACUACCUGUGGCCGGGCUUCGGCGAGAACUCGCGAGUCCUGGAGUGGGUGUUCCGGAGGAUUGAGGGGGAGGACUGCGCCAAGUUCUCUCCAUUGGGCUUCAUUCCCAAGGAUGGAGCUCUGAACCUCGAUGGCCUGGCUAACGUGAACAUGGAUGAGCUGUUCCAUAUCGACAGGGAGUUCUGGGGAGGGGAGAUAAAAGAGAUCAGAAAAUAUUUUGAAGAACAAGUCAACAACGACCUUCCCAGAGACAUAGCCAAUCAGCUGCUGCAGUUAGAGCUGAGAAUAAACCGCUUGUAACAAAGACCAGCUGAAAAGAAUAGAACAAACAUAAUUAUUUUCCAAAAAAUGGCCUCUAAUUGGUGUAUUGCAGGUUUAUUGAGACAGUAAACGAGAUUCAUACACACAUGCAAGAAUAGUGAGCUGUGCCUACAAUUGUAAUUUUUCACUAAAUGAUAAGAGGGCAAAAAAUAAUGUUCCCUGAAGUGGGCAUCUAAAGUCAAAUGUAGCAACUUGUCCACCUGCAUUGUGUACCAUAAUACCACAGACAAUUAUAUUAACAGAGCCUUUGAAAGUACACUAUGGCAGUGGAAAUCCGUUGCUCAGAAUCUGUUGCAGAACUGUUUGUAGCCUAUGUGAAGAAAACAGGACCUUAAUCUUGUGGUUAGCUAUUCUGAGCCCGUGUUACUGUUCCUGUUGGAGUUUUAGAGUGUGCUGCUCAAUUAGCACCAUGUAACAGGAUACCUUUAACCAGAUAAUUUCAGUUUUUCUAUCAGCUAUGAUGAAGUAAUUAAAUUAUUGGCAAGGUGCUAUCAAUGACCAAAUGCCACUGCCUCAGGCGACAGACAACCCGUUAUAUUUCAGAGAUACAAACUCGAUCCAUCAGAAAGCAGCUGAUAGUGAAGGUGGAAGCCCAAAUCAUGUAUUAAAGAAAAGUAUGUUAGUCUAUUCAAGCGAUAAAAUAUUUUUCUACAACUGUCUUUGACUGAGUUUAUAUUAUAACAUACGUUCUAAAAGGAAA